GCUGGGCCCACAGGCAGCAUUUUUAGGAAGACUCCCAGUGCAGCAGAGGAGGGAUCUGGUGGCUUUGCCCUGUCCCUGCUCCUUGGCAGCAGCCAGAAUCUCUCGCUGUCAGCCCCACACUGGAGCUGCCCGGCCAUUGCCCGCUCCACUCGCGGUGUCCAUCUCCUUCCCUGGAGGGAGCAGAACAGCACCAAGGCCCAGCAGGUCUUUGCUGAGGUGGCCAAGGCCAUUGGCGAGUACCCGGUGGAGUUCCACGGAGCUCAGGUCCUGAUGGGGAAUGAGGAGGGCUCCUUCGGCUGGAUCAGUGUCAACUACCUGCUGGAGACACUCAUCAAGUAUUCCUUUGCAGAGAAAUGGGAACAUCCACAGGAUGCGGAGGUUCUCGGAGCUCUGGACCUUGGAGGUGCCUCAACACAAAUAACCUUCCAGCCUGGAGUCACCAUUGAGGACAAGAACACCUCUGUCUUCUUCAGGCUGUAUGGCACCAACUACUCGCUCUACACACACAGCUACCUCUGCUAUGGGCAGACACAGGCCUUGAAGAGGCUGCUGGCAGCUCUCCACCAGGCCUUUGCUGGGUUCUACUACACCUUCCACUUCCUGAACCUGACCAGCCAGCAGUCUCUAAAGGAUGUCAACUCCACAGUCCAGGCCUUCUGCAAGAAGGACUGGGCAGAGCUGGUGGAGACCUUCCCGCAGCAGAAGCGAUAUCUACACAACUACUGCUCCAUGGCCAUUUACAUCUUGACGCUGCUGCUUGAUGGCUACAAGUUCAGCGAGCACACGUGGAGCAGCAUCCACUUCAGGCAGCAGGCAGCAAACACAGACAUCGGAUGGACACUGGGCUUCAUGCUGAACCUCACCAACAUGAUCCCCAUGGAGGCUCUGGGUCACGUCAAAGGGCACCAGCCCAGCCUGUGGGCAGGUGCUGUCUCCUGCAUUGUGCUGGCCAUUGUGGCAGGCCUGGUGGCUGGGUUCCUCCAGUGCUUCUGCAAAACCAAGUAG